AUGCCGGUGGUGGUGUGCGGUCCGUCGGGCGUGGGCAAGGGCACUCUCCUCACGCGGCUGACCGCGGCGCACCCGAGCCGUUUCGGCUUCUGCGUCUCGCACACCACGCGGUCGCCGCGGCCCGGCGAGACGGACGGCGCGCACAUGGAGGCCGCCAUCGAGCGCGGCGAGUUUCUCGAGUACGCACGCGUCCACUCGAACCUCUACGGCACGUCGUUCGCUGCGGUGCGGACGGUCGCCUCGCGCGGAAAGACGUGCCUCCUGGACAUCGACGUGCAGGAGGUGCGGCUGCGGAUGAGCCGCGCAAAGCACGAGAUCUCGUACACCGAGCGGCCAGGCUUCUUCGACGACGUCGUGGUCAACGACGACCUCGAGCGCGCCUACUCCGCCUUCGAGUCCAUCAUGCUCUCGCACGCGGACCAGCCAAGGCCCUAG